GGCCAUUGCAGAACAGUGAGAACAACUGCCUUCGUCUCGCAUACAACACGGAGAAUCCCUUGAAAGUAGCCAUAGACUAUUAGAAAUGAAGACCUGUCUCACAGCCCUCACUGCCCUGCUCAGCCUCCGGUACUCGGUAUUGGCUUCCCCCUAUGUCACCGGACCGCCUGAAGUGAGUGACCUUUGCCCUGUACCCGAAGGAGAAUCUGCCACCUUACUCCCCAAUCCUGCCGACUGCACGACGUAUUACAGCUGUAACUGGGGCGUGGCUUACCUCAUGCCAUGUCCCGGUGGUCUCUACUUCGACGUCAACCUCCGCGUAUGCACUUGGUCGUGGGAAGCGACGUGUUCCGCGGCUACGACCACCGGUUCUACACAGACAACACAAAUGCAAACCGAGGAACCCCUGGGCACGGCAACACCUUCGACGACGACCGACCUCGAUACCUCACCAGCAGGUACCACAGCCUCUACUAACACAACGAAUUCCACCAACACCGAAGCCCCGAGAACGACGACCUCCCGCUACACAGGGCCUCCCGAGAUAAGCGCCCUAUGCCCCGUUCCUGAAGGAGAUCUCGCGACGCUGCUACCCAACCCCGACGACUGCACGACCUAUUACAGCUGCAGUUGGGGCGUCGCCUACCUCAUGCCUUGCCCUCCCGGACUCUUCUUUGACAUCAACCUUCUCGUUUGCACUUGGUCUUGGGAGGCCACCUGUUACAGCUCCACUUCAGAACCAGUCACUGCUACCGAAUCAAGCACUGCUGCCUCUGAAACCACAGCACCAAACACAGAGGCUCCUGAAACCACAGCACCAAACACAGAGGCUCCUGAAACCACAGCACCAAACACAGAGGCUCCUGAAACCACAGCACCUAACACAGAGGCUCCUGAAACCACAGCACCAAACACAGAGGCUCCUGAAACCACAGCACCAAACACAGAGGCUCCUGAAACCACAGCACCAAACACAGAGGCUCCUGAAACCACAGCACCAAAUACAGAGGCUCCUGAAACCACAGCACCAAACACAGAGGCUCCUGAAACCACAGCACCAAACACAGAGGCUCCUGAAACCACAGCACCUAACACAGAGGCUCCUGAAACCACAGCACAAACACAGAGGCUCCUGAAACCACAGCACCUGAAACCAACAACACAGAGGCUCCUGAAACCACAGCACCAAAUACAGAGGCUCCUGAAACCACAGCACCCAACACAGAGGCUCCUGAAACCACAGCACCUAACACAGAGGCUCCUGAAACCAAGCACCACAACACAGAGGUUCCUGAAACCACAGCACCAAACACAGAGGCUCCUGAAACCACACGCACCAAAUACAGAGGCUCCUGAAACCACAGCACCAAACACUCCUGAAACCACAGCACCAAAUACAGAGGCUCCUGAAACCACAGCACCAAACACAGAGCACAGCACCAAAACACAGAGGCUCCUGAAAACCACAGCACCAAAUACAGAGGCUCCUAAAACCACAGCACCCAACACAGAGGCUCCUGAAACCACAGCACCAAACACAGAGGCUCCUGAAACCACAGCACCAAACACAGAGGUUCCUGAAACCACAGCACCAAACACAGAGGCUCCUGAAACCACGGCACCUAACACAGAGGCUCCUGAAACCACAGCACCAAAUACAGAGGCUCCUGAAACCACAGCACCAAACACUGAGGAUCCUGAAACCCACGGCACCUAA